AUGAUAGUCAGCGAUCCAGUCUCUCAUGAUGAUCCAAAAGCCGGACCACUUCCGGUAGUCGAUCCACUCAGUCUGGCCGAUGAAGUGCGGGACAAGAAUCCCAUGGUGGCACUAGUUCAAGUGGAUGAGAAAUAUUGCACUACCAAACUGGAAAUCUGGGCCUAUUACGCUUACUACGCUGGAAACAAUGGACUGUCUCUAUUCAAUUUCGCUCCAGCGGCUUUCCAAAAUCUUCUCUACCAAGCUGCCGGAGACAGCAACACUCUAUCUUUCGCCGGAACUCCACGAUCAAUCAACGGCAUCGUGCUGCUAUGCAAUGGAAUCUCAUUUGCCGUCCAAAUCGUGGUUUUCCUAGUCAUCGGCAGCUUUGCUGAUUUCGGGAACUGGAGGUCUAAUAUCCUCAUCGUGCUCUCUAUCGUCGCUUAUGCCCUCGGGUUCGCCUGGUUGGGUAUCCACACGGGAGACAAAUGGCAUAUAGGUGUUGGGCUAUACAUAAUUGGCCUAAUCGCCUAUCAGACUACAUUGACUUUCUGGACCGCUGCGUUCCCGGGGCUUGCGCGCAACACGCCUGAGAUGAAAGGUCAUGCUGAUGAUCUCGCUGCCGGGAAAAUUUCUCGUGAAGAGUAUGAUUUUGCUGAUACGAUGAAGAGGAGUCAGUUGGCGAAUAUUGCGUUUUACAUCCAAUCACUUGCAGAAAUUAUUAUUCUUGCUAUUAUUGUUGGGCUCAUGUUUAAGAUUGACGUUAAUGCCAGCGAAGCAAAUAACAAUUGGGGACUGAGUGUGCUGAUUGCUUUUGCGAGCGGUGUUUGGCUGCUUGUGUCGUUGCCAUGGUUCUUUUUGGAGAAGAGACGGCCUGGUUUGAAUCAUGGCAAGCGGAAUAUCAUUUUAGCUGGUUUGUCGCAGCUUUCAAAUGCUAUGAGUCAGGUAUCGAAGUUGAAGCAGAGUCUGCUGUACCUUAUUGGUUAUUUCUUUCUGGGUGAUUCCCUGAAUACCACAGUCACCGUUAUUUCCACUUUGCAGAACAGCAUAGUGGCAUAUAAUACCUUACAGUUAACAUAUCUCCUAAUUGUGGGGAUUACAGCACAGGCUGUGGGUAUUUAUGCGUUCUGGUCAAUCCAGAAACGAUACAAAAUUGGGACAAAAGCCAUGUUCAAUACUAUUGCAUUCUGUAUUAUCCUUCUUGAUGGUUGGGGUAUGAUAGGCAUUUGGACUAGCAGAUUUGGUUUCCAUCAUGUUUGGGAAGUUUGGAUCUACCAAGCCUUCUAUGGUCUCUUUAUCUGCCCAUGGUACAGUUAUUCGCAAAUCAUGAUUUCCGAAGUGACACCUCGUGGCCAUGAAUUUCUCUUCUUCAGUCUAUUCAGCAUUGUCGGGAAGACAUCAUCAUUUAUUGGACCAAUCGUCUCCAGCGCUAUCAUUGACGCCACCCCUUCCAGAAACCCAUCAACACCCUUUUACUUCCUAUUUGCAUUGAGUCUGUUGAGCUUCGGGAUCUUAGUCGUCGGCGUAGAUCUGAAGAAGAGCCGAGUGGAGCAGGAGCAGUUCUUAGAAGAGAGAAAGCGAAAAUUGGAGGGAAAUAUUACAUUCGCACCGUAG